AACUUCCAACCCACUCAUCUUUCUGUUUUCUCUGCUCGAGGUUUUAGCAGAAAUCAACUGAUUUUUCCAUCCUUCAACUUCAUCAAUGGCGAUCAAAACCCUAGCAAGAAGCGGAGCUUCGCUGUUUUCUCGAUUGACAUCCAAUCCUCUUCUCAACACAAGCACCUUGUCCAACCACCGAAUUGCGUCGGAGGGUCUCCGAAUCACUCCACAGCUAUUCCCAUCUCUCUCAAAGCCGCAGUCACAGACGUCCCUCCAUUUCCCCCAAGAAGACUCUGAAUCCAUCUCUAAAGUCUCUUCUCUAGGAUUUCUUCACCCCACCGGCCUGCCUUCUGUUCGCUUCUUCUUGCCUGACGGUGAUUCAUCAGAUCAGCCAAUGCUAUUAUUUCCCAAAAGGACAUAUCAACCUAGCCACAUCAGGCGCAAGAGGACACAUGGGUUUUUUGCUCGCAAAGCAACCAAAGGUGGUCAAAAAGUUGUUGCUCGAAGAAUAGCAAAGGGUCGUGCUAGAAUAACAGCUUAGUGUCUUUGUUUCUAUGUUUGGAUUGAAAUCAUGUCUGAUGCUACCUGAAGUAUGGUACAACUAAGCAAAUGUAGAGCCCCAUUGUUCUUUUAUAUUGGCUCUGGCGAUCUUUGUGACACCUAGAAGGAAUAUGAUUCAAGAAGGAUGUUAUUUCUUUUUCAGGUGUUCUUUUAUAGAUUAUCCUCUCUGAUACGUAUGCUUGGAAGAAUUUAUUUUUUGCUCAAAAUGUUUCUCAAAAACUAUUUGACAUUUGAAUAAUCCAAGAAAUGUAGGUGCAUGCAGUUUGAUUCAGCAGAACAUGUAGGUCUGAUCGAUGUAGUAUUAAGAUUCUAUUAUAAAGUAUGUAUUCUCUC